CCCCUGGCCGCCAGCCCUGCCCACGGGGCGGCCGGCGGGGUUCUACCUGCGGCUGGCAGCCCGCGCCUCCGCUCCUGCUCCUCGGGGGCUGUGGCCACAGCGCGGCCGGCGGCGCCCGGGCCGGUGGAAAGUUGUGUUUUGUAGAGUAAAAAUGAACGUAGGAGUUGCCCACAGCGAGGUAAAUCCAAACACACGGGUGAUGAACAGUCGUGGAAUGUGGCUGACGUAUGCACUCGGAGUUGGCAUGCUGCACAUUGUCUUGCUCAGCAUUCCUUUCUUUAGUGUCCCUGUCGCCUGGACUUUAACAAAUGUGAUUCACAACCUGGGAAUGUAUGUGUUUUUGCAUGCAGUAAAGGGAACUCCUUUUGAAACACCUGAUCAGGGGAAAGCUAGGCUACUAACACACUGGGAACAACUGGAUUAUGGAGUACAAUUUACAUCUUCAAGAAAAUUCUUCACAAUCUCUCCUAUAAUUCUGUACUUCCUGGCGAGUUUCUACACAAAGUACGAUACAACACACUUUAUCCUCAACACAACCUCUCUCCUGACUGUGCUUAUCCCCAAGCUGCCACAGUUGCAUGGUGUUCGAAUCUUUGGCAUCAAUAAAUAUUAAGCAGGAGGUCUGACACUGACUGCCCCCUGCCGUGGCUACUGGUGCUCCCCAGGUGAAGAAAACGAGUAGCCUGCUGUGCUGCGUAUCUAGUCGUAUUCAGUGAGAGAUGCAUCUAUAUCUGAGAUGCAAUUCCUACUUCCUGCUGCAGCGUUGUCUGGGAUGAAAGUUGAGUUUAUAUGAAGAUGCCUUCUAAUAUUUAAAUGUGAAUCGGAAACCUCUAGAAGAAAGAUUUCCAUGAAGAACUGGGCAGGCCCAGCUCUAAAGCCUAAUCCCCGCUGAGACUGUAUAUAUGCCUGGCUGAUGCGAGUGACUUGAGGAAGGUGUGAGUGACAGUUGAAAUGGAGAGAGAUGUUUCACAAAUACCCGGUCAACCAUAAUGCAAAUGGUGACUUUACAUAUAAAUCCAGGAUUCCCAAUGCCAAGGACUGGUGAGGUCUCAUUCGUAGAUUAAGUGAAAGUAGGUAGUUUUCUGCUGUAGGGGUUGUAAGUGGUUGUGCUCGUUAUUGCAUUGUAAAAGUUUGUCUCACAGUAAAUACUGUGACAGCUAGCAUAAACAGAUGGUGUAAUUCCUGCCUUAUCUGUUCUUGUGAUUUUUAUUUUUUUUUGUCACGAAAACAUGAAAAUCCUUAACUGUCAGCUCAGGGGAUUUCUAUAUCAACUUCACAGCUCCGUUUAUGUGUGCUUUUACAAGUUGCGCCGUGGUGUUUAUUUCAUUUUGCGUACCGGGAUGCUGACUUUUCUAUGUGUAAAUGGCACAUCCCGAAAAAGUGAAAUUUCUUUUAAGGUGUGGAUUUUUGACUGUUUUCUCUGAUAGUUGACUGAUGGGCCAUUUUUUAGUAGUUGAGAGGCCUGUAAUGGUGAGGGAAAGCACCUGCUGUUGUAGGAGAAGCAGCUCCAUUGUAGAGCAACGAUGUCAGAACACAUAAGAGAAACUAUUCAGGUCAUAAGUUAGAACAGAAGCUGAAUGAGAAGUAAGUGAAUAGGCAAAUCAUGUGGACUAAUUGUAUGCAGAAAAAGGUGUAGAUAAUUUGCAUGUCUUGGGAACGUGGAGGAAUGCUGUGUUUGAAGGGUACCAUGUAGUACAGAGUAAUCUUGUAUAUAAUCACCUGGAACUAGAGUGAAGGUGCAUCUAGAGCUCUGAGCGUGCACUUCUCCAUCUUGGAAAAAGGAUGAAUUUUGAAGUCUACCAUACGUCUGCCAGCCAAAACCGGCCCAGAUUUAACAGAAGACUCCAUUUAAGACUUGAUUGCCAUUUUGGUUGCAGUGACAGACAGUGAGCUGGAAAAAAAAAUAAAGGGGGGAAAAAAAAACCCGAAACAC